GUUUUUGUAAGCUUCAGUCGCCUAUUCGCCAGUAAUGUCUAAAGCUGUUUCUGUUCGAAACUCAGCUGGAAGCAACGAAAAAUUUUCGUCCAAAAAAAGAGAAGAAAACGGCUGCUCUUUAAAGGCUUCAGAUGAACAGAAAGGAACACUUUCAAUGACUCGACUACAGUUACACCCAGAUCCCAACAUGGACACGGACAACCGACUGGGAAAAUUGGAACCGGAAUCGCCCCAAUCCCCAGGCGCGGAGUCGCAGAUGUCAUUUAAUGUUUACGACGCUAAAAUUUCCGGUAGAGACAGCUUCUUAGGUGCGCUGCCUAGAAGUGCAAGCACCAACGGCUUCUGGUCAGAUCACCACAGCAAGGGCAAGAUGGACAAUUUUACCGUCCGAGCUUACUCGAAACGAAUACGCCAGUUGACUCUGUUUCUUGCGGUCUUCAUCAUCGUGUCAAUGGUAAUGACUGCGCUAUUCGUUUGGAGAAUGUCCUAUUACAAACUUGAGGACAAAAUCGAUGAAAAGCGUCAUCUCGAACAGAAGCCAAUUGUUGCGCCAAGAAGCGCCUGCCCCGUACGAGCAGAAGCAGUUCCACUGGAACCUUUGCCGAUCAGUAUUGAAGAAGCAUUAAUAGAAAUUGAGCGUGCAUUGAAGGAGGCCAACACUAAGGAUGAUACGAUAGCCAUCAUGGCUAACGUUGUCUACAUGGACAAGGUAAUCUGGGAGCGCUCGUAUGGCAAAAUGAACAGAUCAAAUCCCUCAGCACCAAAUCUGUCUAGUAAAACAGUGUUCCCCGUGGCAAGUGUCACUAAGGUCUUCACGGCCUUGAUGCUUUACAAGCUUUACUACGAGAAGAAGGUAAAGUCACUGGAUGACCCUUUCAAGAAAUAUAUGCCAAAGUUUUCAAUCAAGGAUCCAUUUAACUCUCAUGAAAUCGUGCUCAGGGAAAUGGUUUCGCACAUGUCUGGUAUUCCACGAGAAGCUCCAUGUCUUAAAGAAAUGAAAGAGAACCUUUGUCCAGACAAUAAUACUGUUAUGUUAGAUCGUAUAAAGAACCUUACUCUCGUUGCUGAACCAGGCAAUAAAGUCAGCUACAGUAAUUUAGGGUUUGGGCUGCUUGGUCAAGGACUGGCCCUUUCGCAAAACGUCUCGUACGAGGAGUGGAUGCAGAAAAGUGUUUUUGAUCCGCUGGGCAUGCAUGACUCGGGAUUCAAGUUAACUCCUAAGUUGAGGCAAAGAAUUCCCGUGGGUUUUCUUGGGAAGGAUUCUCUGCAGCCAUUUGAGUGGGGAUGGGCCAAUCCAGCUGGUGGAAUGUUUACGUCACUGGAGGAUCUCGCGAAGUUGGAGAUUACGCUUUUCAAUUCCACGGAGGAGGACGACUUUCUAUCCCCUGUCCUGACCGAAGAAUUUUUCUCACCCGCUUUUAUCCUGGAUGGCAAACAGUUCAUUGGGUCUCCAUGGGAGAUGUUUCUCAUGAACGGUUAUAUUGCAAGGAUGAAAAAUGGAUUUGUGUAUGGCUACUCAUCAAAUAUUUUCCUCUUUCCCGAGCUGAAACUUGCGUUCAACAUCUUUAAUACGGGAAGCUGCAAAGGCUGCUGUUUUCCAAGCGUUAAGAGGCUGUUGAUAGCAUUCCACGAAGAACUAACGGCCAGAGAUGUGAAGCAACAGAAAACUAUCCAACAACAAGAGGCGGCUCCUUAUUUGGGAGAGUUUUUCACAGAUGAUGUACCCACCAUUAGGAGAGUCAUCAUCAGGUACAACGAGGGAAAAAUGACUUUUGCCGUGGACAACCAUGUUUUUCGUCUGAAUCACAUCAAAGGAACGACCUUUGAACUCAUUGACCGAAGAAAGGUAGAUUGUCUUUUGAUUGCCUUAAUGGGAAUAAAUCACGAGAGAGUGCACUUUGACCCUCCAGGAAGUUCACCAGACGGGGUUUCAACUGGCUUUACGGUGUUUGGGUUCCAUCUUCGAGGAAAGGCAUAUUUUCGCAGAAAACAGUUAUGAAUUGGUUGCACCCUCAUCCUUGUGGACGCGGUGAGAAGCUGAACGAGUUCAAAUACUUUCUUCUUUUAUAAUUCAUGCUUCCAACUGUGAUCUUGCCUAUGGCAAGCUCAUUUGUAAAUACAAAGCUGUGUAGCGCACUUGCAGAUUUAUUAUAAAUCCUUUACGCCAUGGAAAGCUAACAGUGUCUGGAAAAGGUGCAAAAUAUCGAGGAGUGACGGAGCCGAUAUACUUAAGUAGUUUUCAAGCGUUCGAGAAGGAUUGCACGUGACAGAUGAACCGCAAAAAAAGUUUUAAUGUACCAGGCGUGACUAAGGAGGUCCUUGGAUGCACUAGACCACCCAUUUCUUAUUACAAAGGAAUAUAACACUUAUAAUCUCAAAAUACUUCCAGAUCAUAAUGAGACGUUGGAAAAUGACUGACUUCGUCGAUGAAGAGGAUAGGACUUUGUAAAUCGAGUCGUGCAAUAUAAAAUUUUCAGAUUUCCGCAGGAGAAUUAUAUAUCUGAUAAGAGCUGAAAAGGGGACGAGCUAUCCAUGUAAGAGACCAUAGUAUGCGUGGAAUAAGAUAUUAAAAGAGCGCUUUUCCCUGCAAAUGAGGAAUAGGUUUUAAAAAGCCUUGAGUACGAGGAGUAUUCGGAGAAGAGAAAGUUUUUCCGAAGAUGUAUCAUAAGGAAAGUCCUAAUAUAGUCUAAUGAAGGAUGGCUACGCUGCAGAAACCGCAAAUUUUUUUAAACUCAGUUACAAUAAUAAGCUGAUUAUUGUAUUGGCUGUGUUUUUUAAAUUCCAAUGAAUAACCUAACCUUUCAAAUAUUAUCUUUAGGUUUGCUAAUAAUUAACUGUGAACGCCAUUUCGAAGUUUGCUUAACAGCCUCGCUCCAGUUGUUCGAAGAGUGGAUAACGCUAUCCACUGGAUAAAUCUUUAUCCUGUGGAUAACGCAAAACAUUUUGUUCACUUUUAUCAGCUGGAUAGCGAUUUAUCCUGUGGAUAGCGUUAUCCGCCCUUUAUACUACAGAGCCCAGCCCAUUUCUCUGAGGUGACAAAGUUUCACUACUUUUCCCUCUUCUAGCGAUUUUUUUAAUCGAUUAAGAGCAUUACAAAAAAGACUUAUUGACUCAAAUAAUAAUUUUUUCCCCUGAUUACUAGAGCAGAAACUGUCUGGGAGCUGCUUGCCGCGGUUUUGCGCGUGAGGCUUGGUUACUAAGACGUCAAAAUGGCAGCGUUCAUGUUCACAAUUUUAACACAAAAUGCGUCGGAAGUGAAUAAUUUUCAAUAGAAGCUAAUUCUGUAUUAUAUUGUACCAGUACUAAAGAGAGAAGUUCAGCUCACUAUGAAAGAGUACACAUAAUCAUCCCGCCAAUGAAAGCAUGUACAUGCAGCUAAACUGAAUAUUCUAAGUCUAAAGAAACUUUCUCAAA